UCAAAAGCUCCACUACCAAAUGUGAAACAUCUGCUAGGAAGAAGGUCUCGUGAAACUCACCAGGGACCCCAGUGCCCAUUUACCAAACAUUAGAAAGACUCGACAUAAUCUUCUGUUAAACGUGUGGAAUGGAAUGGCGUAUUUUAUCUUCUCAUCGCCAUCACCAACCAAUGUCGUAAUUUGGUGACCAUUCUUAGUCAAUGAUAACAUGAUCAAUCCCAGCACUAUAGCUUACCAUCUUUAAAUUAUUCGGAUCCUCUUCAGGAUUGCAAUUGCCUGCAACAAUGGAUUCGAGCACAAACGAAGUAGCGCAUGAGUAUCUUCCAUAUUUUCGUGCCUACAAAGAUGGACGAGUGGAGAGAUUCUUUGGCUCCGAUAGAGUUCCUGCAUCGAUUGAUGGUUCUCAGAACGGUGUCUGCUCCAAAGAUGUUGUUGUUGUUUCAGAAACUGGGCUGUCAGCACGUAUUUUUAUCCCAGCAGGCGCGACUAAACCAGGCCAAAAGCUGCCUCUCGUGGUUUACUAUCACGGCGGAGGCUUCUUCAUGGGCACACCAUUUUGCUCCGUUUAUAACAACUUUGUAUCCUCUCUAGCCGCCAAGGCUAAUGCCAUCGCCGUCUCCGUCGAUUACAGAUUAGCCCCAGAACACUAUGUCCCCGUAGCUUACGAAGAUUCAUGGGCUGCACUUAAGUGGGUGGCUUCUCAUUGCAAUGGUGAAGGCCCUGAAGCUUGGCUGAACAACUACGCUGAUUUUCACAGAGUUUUUCUUGCUGGGGAUAGCGCUGGAGGCAACAUGGUGCACAACAUGGCCAUCCAAGCAAGUGUUGAAAACCUAAAUGGAGUGAAAUUGUCAGGAAUUUGCUUGAUUCAACCAUAUUUCGGCAGGCAAGACGGUGGUGUUGAUAAGUGCUGGACUUUCGUCUGUCCAACCACAAGCGGGUCCGAUGAUCAUAGAAUCAACCCAAGUGUUGAUUCGAGGUUGUCGAGCCUGCGUUGCAACAGGGUGCUAAUUUGUGUUGCUGAGAAGGAUAAUUUGAAAGAGAGGGGUUUGUUUUAUUCAGAGACAUUGAGAGACAGUGAAUGGGUUGGAGAAGUAGAGAUUGCGGAGACAGAAGGAGAAGACCAUGUGUUUCACUUGUUCAAUCCGAAUUCUGAAAAGGCCAUGGCCUUGCUGGAAAAAAUAGCUUUGUUUAUAAAUCAACACAAUGCUGGUUGAUUUACAUCAAACACUUUGUAUUGCUCAGCUCUUCUUUCAUGAUUUCAAAGCAAAUAAAAAAAUAUUCAGUUCUUGUUUC